AUGCGUAUUCUCAUCCCUUUAAUUUUCCUCCUCGCCAUGGCUCUUCAAAUGGAAGCUUGUAUUAUUCCUCCGUGCCCAGCUGACGACGAUUUUCCCCGUCCAAAAGUGAAUCGCACAACGACCAAGUAUCCACGUGGCAGUGGUAUCCAUCAGCAUGGAACCAAGUGCAUUUCCCACGACGACUGCAGGCACAUAAAGAUGGAGCUCGAAGUUCCUUACUGCAAGAAUGGCGUAUGCAAAAACUACCGUUAUAACCCUCAACCCAAUGGUUGGCAUCAUUAA